AUACUAUUACACUAGUUAGGAGACACGUAAAUUCUCCUUCAGUAUCUCUCCAAUACAAAAUUUCAGGGUUUUUUUUUUCUCCGUGAUCAUCAUUUUGUCAUCAACUUCUCGGUAGAGGCCACAGACACACCAUGGUUUCAGAGAAUGAUGAGAUGCCUAUUGGAUGGCCAUUCGGUCUUGGCUUCUUGAAUAUGAGACUUAGAGAUGCAGAAUCACUCCCAGCUGCCCCAGUAGAGCCACACUCAAUGCACGUUCCAUCCACCAGUUUUUCCUCGUUCUCAUCCUCAAACCUUGAUACUGAGUCCACAGCAUCUUUCUUUCAAGACAACAGUGUAUCCCUUGGCCAUCUUAUUGGACUAAGACCAGGUGAGAAGGGAAGCUUGUACUUUCCAAACACAUUAAGAUUAGAAGAAAGGGAGAAGAAGAAAACAUUAGCAAAUGGUUCCUGUUCUCAUGAUGCCUCUGAAGUAAAAGAAGUCGAUAUGUCUCGUGGCAUUUGCAUACCUAUACUUCUUGAAGCCCUGCUUAAGAUUAGCAAAUGUAAGAAAAGUUCAAGUAACUAGCAUAUAUGAUGGUGUGACACAUAAACAUUUGGUGCAAAUUUGUCACUUGCCUCUAGUCAAAAUUAACAAAUGAUUUUUCUUUCAUUCAGCCUGAUUUUCUUAAAUGAUCCAUUUUAACUUUCACAAGUUUGUUUGUUGUAACUUUGUUUUAUUUGAGACUAUGAAAAUAUGAUAUAUAAAAAAGGAAGUUGAGUGUACUUUAUUAUUCUGA